GGUUAUCUCCGCCCUGAAAUGGGUUGAAUAAGUAAACAGCGGCUGGCGUUAGCUGAAGGAGACAAGUUAGCCGCUUGCUAAGAGCUCUGCUGGGACCUGAACCUGUAUGUCUGCCCCUGCGUCUGCAACCAGCAGCAGCCUCGGAGGAUGCAAUUUCUUCAAGACAACUUCUUCUACCACUCAAAUUCAAGGUUGGGAGCUGAUGGAGGCCUCGAGAACGAGCGACAACUUUUGGUGGAAGAGCAGAAGCUGUGCAGAACCAGAGCUCGCCAGUUCUCCGUGGAAACAAACCGACGCAGGAAGGCUCUGGAGGAAAGACAGAAGCAAUGGGACAAGCAGGAGCAGCGGCUGAGAGACAACGUGCUGCAGCAGCGCAGGCAGCGAGUCCAGGAUGCAACCGAGCGAUUUCAAAGAGCCCACCUACCUCCGUCUCAGAGACGCAGACAAUCUUUCAGGAGAAAUGUCCCAAAUAUUGAAGAUGCACUUAAUCAAAUUCAAGGCACCUUAUCUUCAUACACCCAGCCGCCUUCUUUCUCGUCCAGCAACUCCAACAUGUGCAGAAGCUGUACUCCCUCUCCAAAGCCUCCCACGGUUUCUAAAUACACUCCCCGCCAAGCGCUCUCUGCCGUGGAGGCCUACACUCAGCUGGUGGAGGAGCAGAGCAUGACUUGCUUGAAGAAUGGUGGACAGGCUGAGAAGAGUCAUGAAAAGCAACAGGAUCCCACUCCACAAGACAGCCAUCUGUCUGAUUGCUGUUACUCUGAAAGCAUUUCAAGUAAGGACAGUUUGGAGAAUGAAGACUCCAACCACAGCACAAAAAACCUACAGUGUUCUUAUCCGUCAUUAUUGCUCGACUUAGAGAAGGAAAACCCGGACCUGAGAAACCAGAAGGAUUCGUAUCCAGCAUCAGACUUGACUCCUUUUUCAGCGAUGACACUCCUUGGCGAUAACGUACCCCAAUCAAGAAAACUGCAGGAACCUAAGCAGCCAAAACAAGAGCGCUCUGAAGCGCCUGAUAACAAGACGCACUCUUCUAAAGCGUCUUGGGGGUUCACAUCUUUUGAGCCAGCACCUGAGACUGAGAGCCGGCAUGCUCCAAACAACUGCAACUUAUUAACUCUCAGUGAAAUUACGAGUGCAGACCCGGAGCACUUUGAAUUUAACGUCCCACAAAAUAGUCCUGAUGACAACAUAGUUAUUACCAAUGCAGCAUCUCCUGGUGACACGGCGUUGAAGUCUUCAUGUCCCAAACAAGAGGCUGUGGUGGACGUCAGGCAGCAGAGGGUCUAUGACGGCAGGCAAUUCAAACAUCCUUCAGCAACAGAAAUUCUUUUGCCCACCAAAAAUGGCAAUAUUCUUUUGAAUAAUUGCACAACGAAUAAUGCAAAAGGAGAAUGCACUCUUCUGCAAACACAUAAAGAAAACCACAAUCUGCCGUCAAAGAUUGUGUCUAGUGCUUCCAUAAACAACCUAAAUAAGGUUUCCAACUUAGAGCCCAAAACAGAAAAGUCUGUUAUUACUGCAGUGUUGAGGCAAGCAUGCAUGUCUAAUAUUCAGUCAGACACACGGACGUGCCUUAAGUGUCCUGAGGAGGAAGUUCAAGAUGUGCCUGUAUCAGUGGGGACCCCUCACUCGGUCCGAUUCAUUAAAGGAAUCCUCAAAAAGCAGUCCAAAUACAUGUCAGGGGAUAUCACAUGUGUGUAUGGCUCAGGGCAUUUGAUGUUUGCACAGCAGGUAGCCGCAGCGAUCAGAGAUAGUGUUGAAUUGACUCGAGCAAAAACGAAAGAUUCGGAGGGAAGCAACGCCGUCAAAAAGAAGCUGCGAUGGUUUGAUGAGGUUCAUGCAGGAAAAGAGGAUAAAAAACAGGAUGCGUCCAAACAGACGAAAAACAAGUCUUGCAAUCUUUCCGAGUCAAAAAACAACACAGAAGACCACCAGCUGAGUCUCGCUGCAGUCUCAGGGGCUUCUAAGCCCGGGCCAAGCACGACCCCCCCGGCCUCGGCCGGUUAUCACUUUACAAAGCAAGCGUGGGCAGAUGUUGGGGUUCAAGUCAGCUUGACCCAGGAACGAGCAGACGAGGUCAAGGUGCCGUGGAGCGGCAACAGGACCGGUGGCCCCAAGGUCCCUCGGAGAGAGCGCUCUGCCAGAUCUGGGGUGGGUCCUGUUUCCUCCCGGGCCAGAAAGGGCACCGUCAUACGACCUCAAUCUGCCACCGAGGUGCGUCAGAUUGCCAAAUCCCAAGGCAAGAUCAUGGUACCGCGUCCACCUCCAAGGAUGCAAUCAUCGGAGAGGGAGGAAAAGCCGUCAUACAUGACUAAGACUCCACAUGGCAUGGAUGGUGCAAGUGUCAACAGCAAACAAGCUUUGAGAUUGGAGCAGACACUCUGCAAGGACAACUCUGAAGGCUUUUUCUUACCUUGCACACAUCACGUCCUGAGAACAGAUAGUGCGGUUGUGUAUACAACAUUGCAGCCCUUGUAUACAUGCCCCAUCUCAGAGGUCAACACCAAGGGUACACCCAGCUCAGGUCAUCAGGACACUCAGAGCUGCAGUAGAAGGAGAGGAGCGGUGUACAGUGAAAAGGGCCUCCGUUUAGAUUGCACCCCAACAGAUGAGGAGAUCUCCCAGCUCUGGUACGGUGUCCGCAGUGCCUUAGCCUCCAACGAUGACACGCUUAGAAGACAGGCCCCUGAUAGUGGGAAAGGUGCAAGGAAACCCUGUGCAGAGCAGAGCAAACAGCGUCCUGGCUCAGGGAACAGAAAGUUUCCUCAGCCAGCUCAGCCGGUAAAACAAACAACAGAGCCCGUCAGAUCAUUUUCCAGCACUUACAACGUUGCCUUACCAGAUGAAGGUUCGGAGAGUGCGGCCAAGUUACACCUGGGUGAAGUACAUGCUGAAGGCCUGCUGGAAGAAAGGGGCAUUGUGGCCGCCAUGGAAACAGCCCAAACACAGAGACCUGGAACAGUGCAUCAGCGCAGCCAGCAGCAGGGGCUUACCAUUUCCCAAGAAGAGCAGAAAAUCCUGCUCUCUCUGGACAGACUCAACCACCAGCUGUACUGUGUGCGGGAACAUGUGAAGGUUAAUAGUGGUACACAAGGCCUUGUACUUGUUGAUGCUCCCUCUAUCAAGGAAGUGAAAGUCACAAACCAUCAGAAGCGCCGUGCAUCGUCAGCUCACAACCGUUCUCGAUACCAAAAGAAAUUCUGACUUGAAGAUGUUCCUUUCCUGUAUAAUAGCCUCUUAACGAGCACUUUAUUAUCCUGUAAAGUUUAGUCUCCUACCCACCAGAGUAACCAGAGAUCUAAAGGAUCAGCAGUGAGGGGCUGUAGAGACAACAAAACACAAGCAAAAAGUAACCAUAACACAUGUUUUGAGUGGGUGAGUUGAAGUUGAAGUUGUUUUGUAUGCUUGCCUUGUGCAUGGAUAAGAACAAGGUGUCACAUAAAGACUGUGAAGCUUUAUUUUAUAUCCACUUAAGCAUCAAAUUGUAAGUGCCUAUGAAAAUGAUGCUGGCUUAAUGAGGACUAAAGACCUGUCUUAAAGAUGAUACAACACCAGAACUAACUGAAAUAUAUAUACUCCAUAGACUGGUGUAAGAUAUUUUUUUCCCCCCCAAAGCUAUUUCAUUCUGUAUUUAUUUGCUGAAGUAAAACCAUAGUUUGAUUAAAACUAUUCAAACCAUAUCCAAGCUGCACAAAAAUAAAGGUUGUU